UCCUGCUCUUUCUCUGCAUUCAUCCUUCAGCACAGGGCACAGGAGCGCAGGAGCCAUGGCCGUGUUCUCAGCGCUUCAUCUGCUCGUCCUCUUCCAGCUGCUCACGUCGUCUCUGGCUCAGCAAAGGCCGGGUCCUCGGGGUGCACCAGGAGUGCCAGGACCACUGGGACCCCCAGGGAAAGACGGCAUCGACGGUAAACCUGGUCCUGCUGGACUUCCUGGAAAGCCUGGGCCGAAGGGUAAAGCAGGUAAACCUGGGGCCGCAGGGAGCCCGGGACUGCAUGGCCUCCCCGGUGUGGAUGGUUUGACCGGUCCGGACGGUCCAGCUGGCAAGGACGGGCCGCCAGGAGCAGCAGGUGACCCAGGACCCCCCGGACCAGACGGACCCCCUGGCAGAGGCAGACCAGGAGCUCUGGGUCUUGCUGGAGCUAAUGGACUGCCAGGUGGACCAGGACCUAAGGGUCCGCCGGGGCCCGAGGGUCUUCCAGGACUCCCUGGUCUUCCAGGCCCAGACGGACCUCCUGGACUCCCAGGAACACUUCCUGAAGGCAAUGGAGAUCUGCUGUGUCCGGCCAUCUGUCCUCCGGGUCCUCCUGGACCGCCGGGAAUGCCUGGAUUCAAGGGUCACACAGGUCAUAAAGGGAGUAAGGGGGAGCUGGGGAAAGAUGGAGAGAAGGGGGAUCAGGGGCCACCGGGACCGCCGGGAAUCCCGGGGACAGUGGGCUUACAGGGCUCUCGAGGGCUGAGAGGACUGCAGGGGCCGGUGGGAGCAGUAGGAGACAGAGGACUGCCGGGCUUCAGAGGAAAACCUGGGGUCGCUGGCAUCAUUGGAAAAACUGGUGAUGCUGGUGAGAGAGGACCGCAAGGUUUCAGAGGACCCAAAGGAGAGAUAGGGAAAAUAGGCCCCAAGGGACUCCCUGGAGGUGUAGGACCUAAAGGAGAACCGGGCAUCCCGGGCAGGGACGGGAAGGAUGGCACCCAAGGGCUGGACGGUGAAAAGGGGGAUGCUGGGAGACCUGGAGUAGCUGGUGAGAAGGGACCUAACGGCCUGCCUGGUUUGCCGGGAAAAGCUGGUGCAAAAGGUGCCAAAGGAGGAGUUGGCGGUCCAGGAAAGAUGGGAGAAGCAGGGCCGUCUGGAGAGCCAGGUAUACCUGGGGAGAUCGGCGUCCCGGGAGAGAGAGGAGAGGCUGGACCCCGGGGGGUGACUGGCGGCAUUGGUCUAGCUGGAAACCCUGGACCACAAGGUGUUAAAGGAUUCCAGGGUGUGAAAGGGGCUUUAGGAGACCCCGGUCUGCCUGGUCCGACUGGAAUCAGAGGCGGCUUCGGUGAGCGGGGUCCAGUUGGAGCUGGAGGGCCUAAAGGAGACAUGGGAGUUGCUGGAAGUGAUGGUUUGCCGGGAGAGAACGGGGAGCCGGGUCCGUAUGGUCCCGUCGGACAGAAGGGAGAGUCCGGUAAGCGUGGCGAGCUUGGAGCCAAAGGAGUUGUAGGACCACAGGGAGAGACCGGAGCCAGAGGUGCACCUGGAAAACCAGGACCGAUGGGAUUCCAAGGAGAGCAAGGUUUUCCAGGGGUUCCUGGGAAGACUGGUGUUCCUGGCAAACUGGCUAGUGAGCAGCACAUCAGAGAACUGUGUGGCUCCAUGAUUGAUGAUCAGAUAGCUCAGCUCGCUGCUAACCUGAGAAGACCUCUGGCUCCUGGUGCUGUGGGACGGCCUGGACCACCGGGGCCUCCAGGAAAGCAAGGAGAAGUUGGGUCCAUCGGUCACCCUGGAUCCCUCGGCCCACCAGGUUAUAGAGGACUGCCAGGAGAUCUCGGUGAUCCUGGUCCUCGAGGGGACGUCGGCGAGCCAGGAGACAAGGGUCCAGUGGGUAAAGCCAUCGAAGGGCCCGCUGGAGACCAGGGUGAACCGGGUCUGCCCGGCGUGCAUGGCAUCGUCAAAGACGGCCGUGACGGAGCACCUGGAGAUCCAGGAGAGCCUGGAGAAGCAGGACGAGCCGGCAGACCGGGACACCAGGGAUCACCCGGAAUCUGUGACACAUCAGCGUGCCAAGGAGCCGUGGUUCACGGGAAGUCCUCCAACCCCAAGAACCAUUAACAAGAGAACCAGCAGGAAACACAACUGAAGAAGUGUCAGAGCCGAAGGAACACUGAGCAUCAGAGCUCAACACGUGUAGAUACAGCAAAAGACUAAAAACAUCACUGAUGGGAAGCUUAUAAUACAGUCCUUGUGUUAGAAGUCCUCAUGUACAGCCCCCUUUAGAAGUGUAACUGAGCCUCACGAGGGUGCCGCAAAAACAAACUAAACUGAAGGAAACCAAAAUAUUGGACACAUUACUACAAAUUGAUUUUCUUUGCCAUUUUAUUCUUAUGUUCACAUUUAGUUUCUAAAUGUUUCACAUUCGAGGAACAAUUUUCAAGCAUCGAUGGAGAUGCUCCUGUAAAAUAUGUCAUUGGCCAUCUGUGGGCUUUAUCAACCUUAUCCACUAGAUAAAGGUGCUGUAAAACUAUUAAAUAUGAUUUUAAAUACUAUUUAUUAUUUCUGAGUUACUGUUGUGUGUAAAGUGAGUUUCUACAGCAUGGUAUUGUAAGACAAACUGAAUAAAGCCACUUUUCAGUCAA